AUGUCAGAGGAACAGAAGUACCAAGGCGCCCUCUACAAGGAAAAGAACAAGAAGGCGAAGACAAACAACAGCUCCAAGAGCGCCAUGGCUCAACACGCCUACGUGGAAGACGCCGACGAAUGGAAGGAGUUCCCUGGACAGACCAACGACGGGUGGUCGCCUGCUGCUUUCCCACCAGAGGCCCCGACACCACCAUCUGCUGUCCCUGAAGUGGAUGUGCCCAAUGUCUUCGACUUCCUCGUCGCCACCGGGCAGACACCGAAUGCCUCCAAUACCGAUCUGGUCCACGUCAAGGAAGGAGAUGAGAGUCAGUCUCUAGUGCGCUAUGAACGCAACGAAGACGACUCCCUGGAUGCCGCUCAGUUCCUGAACAAGGAGCCUCUUGUCGAAUACGGCGUCGGCCCCUAUGAUACCCCGGCUGCCUCCAAGGCCGAACGGCGCAGAAAAGAAGGCGACCCCAAGACGGACAAGAAGAGGAAGCGGCUGCACGUAGAUGUGCCAGGCGACCAAGUCAUGACAGACGCGCCUCCGGUCCUGUCCUCAGGCUUGACCGGUGGGCUCAAGGGGCUCAUGCGCCAACAGUUCCCGCCAUCCCCCGACUACUCUGGCGGUGAUGCUGUCCCACUCAGCCCACUCAAGAAGAGCAAGCACUCGAAACACUCGAAGCACGGUCAAAGCAACAGCAUAUUCGGGAUAAUGGCAGGCAACACCAAGACGAAGACAAAGAAGCGCAAGACGUCCAAGAAGCACUCGUCACGUGACAAGAACGACAAGCUGAUUGAGUAUCGCCCUGGCUCCAAAGAUAGCAAGGACGGCCAGGAUGGCCAGAUGAUCCUCUUCAAGCCCCAAGCCGAGGUGCUCUUCAAAUAUGUCAACAAAGGUCCCGAGAGCGAUCGCGGCUGUAGCAUGAACAAGGUGCUCAAGCGAUUCCAUCGCGACCGUCAGGCCGCCGGUGUCGACAUGUCGAAACAUGCUGCGGAGAAGGAGCUUUGGCGAUCUCUCCGAAUGCGCCAAAACGAUCGCGGCGAGAUUGUUCUCUUCUCAGUUUGA